AUGCUCCAAGCGGCUCUGAUAUCGCUGUUCCAGUCCACUUUUUGCUCCAAACGUAGCCACUGGGGGGAUACGGAGUAUUGGGCCCGCCAACUCAACAUGAGCAGCCACGAGGGGGGAAUCCCUGCGAUACUAAUCAAUACGGGCAGAACUACGCCAUGGAACGGUCCCUCUCCUGUCACGUCUACCGUCUGGCUCCGUCCCAACCUCGAACCGCGCCAACGCCAACGCCAACCAUGGACGUGCCGUCGUCCGUCACCCGUCACAAGCCUCCCUAUUCCAUCCCAGCCUACUAGGUGUUGUCUUCAAAUGCUCAGUCCGUACAGCGUCACUGUAGUAGUGUCUGACCGUGCUGGAACCACGUUUGGCAGCUCGACCCCGCCCUACCAUCACUGUCUAUCCCCAGUCUUUCAGGUGCUGACCUUGCACUAA